AUUAUUCUUGCUUGUUAGUUGAAUAAAAACCCCUAAAUGAUUUUAUUGUCUUUGUGUGAGCCACUGAUGGUAUAGUGUGAAUAACGAUGCAUUAGAAGACCUUGUAGAAUAUGACCCUUUGACAUAAUAGGAUUAUUAUAACUUCGAUAUAUAUCACAUCACCAUAUCAUGAAGAAUUGAUUUGGUUUGCUAGCGCUUGGUUCUUAAGGUUGUUAAAACACAAGCAUAACUGUUUAGUACAAUAAGUGUUUGUUUCGAGAGUGUUCGUGUUUUUAAUGUUGUUAAAUAUGUAACGUUUCCUCUUCCUUUCAAAAUAUUUAAUGUUAAUAAUAUUUAGUAAAUCUAAUCUCCUGCUAGGCUAGGCUAGGGUAUCAUACCCUCUCCUGUCUCCGCCUCCUUAAACAACGAUGGAGCAAAUUUCACGAGAAUGUUGAGUCCUAAAGAGCUGUGUAUGGACCUUAGGAAAAUACCUUGUCAACAAAUUGUAUGCGAUAUCCAUAAUUAACAAGGAAUAAUUAAACCUUAACCGACAAGACGACUAUUGAAAUACAAUGAAAGAGUUAUUGUAAGAAUCAAAGUUAACAUAGUCAAUGUGCAGCAAUCCAACAAUGUCUCACUUCUUAGAAAGUCACUAUGGGGUCGUUUGGAUGAGAAAUUUUAACUGAUCAAUCUGUGCCAAUUAUUUCAUUUUGAGACAAUCCGGCAAAAUUGAGUUGUAUGUCAACACAAAUUUCAGAUGAAAUAAGUAUGCAUGAAAAAUUUGAAUUGACUGAUUUUGAAACAAUUACAAAUUUACAAUUGUUUGGAGUGGGAUAGACAAUUAGAAUUGACUAAUUUUUUAAUAAUUAAUCAAAUUAUCUUAUUUUACAAUGAUGAAUUAAUUAUCUUAUUUUACAAUGGAUUCAUCCAAAUCCAAACAAUCCAAUAUAUGUUUGCAAAAGCAAAAUCGGGCGGACUAGAAAGAAGUCCUUCGGUGAUACAGAAAAGGCCCAGUCAUCUUGGGUUCAGACUUCAAACCAAACGCUGUCGUACGAUUCUCUAUUUUCUCUUUUCAACUUUCGCGCCCAACUCAGGGAUGUGGGGGGAAAACAAAAAACAAACCCCGCCCGCAAAAUUUUUAAUUUCCCAAAAUAAAAAAAUUUAAAAAGCAAGCGAAAACUGGGAAAAACUCAUCCAUCCGGAUCUAUCCACGUCAUCAAUCCGCGUCUAAACAAACUCUCAUCUGGACCGUCGACCAAACACCAUCAACGGCCAAAACAGCGUUCCCCACACCGCUACGCGGAUCGAUGCUCUCAGCAAACCCAUUUCCCUCUCUUAUAAAUUAACUUGACCCACAAAUCUUCCCCACUCACUCUCACACCUUCCAUCUUCCCCACUCUCCUCAAAUCAAUUUGCUCUCUGCUUUCCCUCAGAUCUAGGGUUUUUCUGUUCUCCGUCCGUCGAUCUCCGAAGGAAGAAUGUCUGGGCGCGGCAAGGGAGGCAAGGGGCUCGGAAAGGGAGGAGCCAAGCGCCAUCGCAAGGUCCUCCGCGAUAACAUCCAGGGUAUCACGAAGCCGGCGAUUCGCCGUCUUGCUCGCAGAGGCGGCGUGAAGCGUAUCAGUGGGCUGAUCUACGAGGAGACUCGCGGAGUUCUGAAGAUCUUCUUGGAGAACGUCAUCCGCGACGCCGUCACCUACACGGAGCACGCCCGCCGCAAGACGGUCACCGCGAUGGACGUCGUGUAUGCUCUGAAGAGGCAGGGAAGGACUCUUUACGGUUUCGGAGGUUAGGAGGAAGGGUAGAUGAUUGGGGGAAUGGACGGCCGGUCGGAGAAGUCUUGCUGUCAAGAAAGAAAGGUUCUUAUUUUGGCGGUGGCGGAGUUUAAUCUCUUUAGUCUAGGGUUUCCCUAUCUUUUGUGUGUUUCCUUACCAUGUAAUUAGGGUUUUAGGGAUUUCAUUUUAGCAGUGAACGUUUGUAAUUCAUGCUUGCUUUGGAUUGCAAUUCUAUUAACAACUUGGUUGUUUGCUCAACUUGUGUUCUUCCCUCUGCCCUUCUAUUUGCAAAGAUUACUUAUCUACAUCAGCCGAUCUUCUACAGUGCUUCCAAUGCCCAUCCUAUCUAUCUUCAUGCAUCUGGGAAACGUGGGUGUGUUUUGUUAAUUGGUCUUCACUGAUGAUUCUGGUGAUAAUUUUCCUAUUGGAUAUGCAACAAUGCCAUAGCAAACUAGGGCAGAUUUUACAUUCCGU